AUGAGUGACGAGGAGCUCCGCUGCUUUGUGGGUGGCCUCUCGUGGGGCACGGAUGACCGCGCUCUUUCGGAUGCUUUCCACGACUAUGGAGCUGUUGACGCUAAGGUUGUGAAUGACCGAGAAACCGGCCGCUCUCGAGGGUUUGGGUUUGUGACUUUCAACGACAAGGCCGGCAUGGACGAUGCUAUCAAGGCCAUGAACGGCAAGGAACUUGACGGCCGGACUAUCACCGUCAACGAACUUUCUGUGGGUGCCAACCAACGUUGA